GGAAGGUUUAUCGUACGUACGUCAUUCAAUCAUAAUGUGACAGGAGCAAUUAUUGUAAUUUUAACUUAAUUUUUAUUUAUUGCGAGUAAAACUGAACUACAUCAUAGUACUUAUUACUUAUCAAGCAAUUUUUAAACUAUGUUAGCACGGCGGCUGACAAGAUCUCUGUGGGGCGCAGUUCGGCCGGAAAUAAGAUGCUUGGCUACGGAACCCGUGAAACCUGUAGAGACAGAAAAAGAUAAAGAUGGACUUGAACCAGCACAGGCCGAAGCGUUCGACAAAGACAUCUGCCUUCUUGUAGACGAGAAGGACAACUUUCUUGGAACAGCCACCAAGCGAGAUUGUCACCGAGUAGAUCCCGAGGGCAAUGUGUUGCUCCACCGUGCCUUCAGUGUGUUCCUCUUCAACAAACGAGGCGACAUGCUCUUACAGAGACGUUCUAGUACAAAGGUGACAUAUCCAGACUACUAUUCGAAUGCUGUGUGCAGUCAUCCGCUGUACAUCGACGACAAAAUAGAAGACGUUGUCACAGCGGCGCGUAGACGGCUCAAUUACGAACUAGGAAUACCAUUAAAUGAUAUGGACCCAGAACUGUUCACGUUCCUGACCCGGGUCCACUACCACGACCCAGGAGACGGCGUGUGGGGCGAGCACGAGAUCGACCACAUCCUGUUCUUCCAGGCCGACGUCAAGGUCAAACCCAACUCCGACGAGAUCUCCGAGUACUGCUUCGUGCCUAAGAAUGAGUUUGAUGCUUACCUACCCACAUUGGAAGGCCCAACCACGCCCUGGUUCAACCUGAUCCGCCGCCACAGACUGAAGCUAUGGUGGUCCAACCUUCACAGAUUGAAGGAACUAACCGACACGAAGAUACACAAGCUGAUGGAUGAUAAGAAAUAAGCAAGACCUGCCUUGGUCUGAAAUUUCAUGCAAUGUUUUAUGUGUCCGGAAUUUACGGCAAUAUUAUUAUAUUUUUUUGUUUCCUGCAAAACAAGUGAGUUAAUUUUUUCUCUAUAAAUAUGGAUUCUUGAUAGAAUGUGGAACUAUAAAAUUAUAGGAUUUAUCAUUUAAUUUUAGAAGUUAUUUUUUUUUUUAAGUGUUCAAACCAAUUCACUUAGAAAUUUGUUUGCUUUAACCCAUUACAAAUUUAAACGAUUUAUAUCAUACAAGAUAAUGAAAUCACUUGAAGUGACCAUUAUAUAUAUACGACAUAACAUCACUAUGUUAGAUAUUUAAUUAUUACAUGAAACGGGCAGCAACAAAGAUUAAGACCCGGAAUAAUAUUGUCGUAAAUUUGCAUAACUCCAGCGAAAAUUAUUAUUUCAUUUAUAAGUAUAUAAUGCAUUUUAUUAUUAUUUUCUGUAGGAUUUCUGUACUAAGUAUUAGUUUCCGUAAAUUAAGUCCUAUGAGUAUUUUGUUAACUAAUUUAUGUUUUUAAUCAUAGAUACACAAGUCCAAAAAAGUAUAUUGUAUAGUUGCUAGAUAGAUAGUCAACUUGUAUGAAGAAUGUUACUGGCAUUCACGCAAAAUAAAAAAAUGGAUAAAAAUGGAA